GCUGACGUCACGGCGCUCACGCAAGGGAAUCUUCCACCUCCCGCUUCCUCUCUACCCCAUACACCAGGUGUCCGGCUCCGAAACGCGGACUUCUCUGGACCUAAGCCCUUUGAGAGGUCCCUUCCAGCCCCCAGCCCACCAUGGUCCCACCAGGCAACAUCCUGUUCCUGCUUUUGCUCCCAGUGGCUACAGCUCAGAUGACCCCAGUUGGAGCCGCCAGAGGAUCUGCAGCCCUCUCUGGGUCCCCACUUCACCAUCCUCAUCACCAAACUGAAGGCCCAACAAUGCGCCAACCCCCCGACCUGUCUUCAGGGGUUCCUGUUCCGGAUGUGGGCCCCUCUCUCUGCCACUCCUGGCAGGCCUUGUGGCUGCGGAUGCUGUUGUGUCACUGCUAAUUGUGGUGGUGGUGUUUGUGUGUGCGCGCCUACGCAGCAGGCCCACCCAA